AUGGGGCGGCCUGCGGAGAAGAGGGGGAAGCCGGAGGGAAACAGCCGUGCGCACCCCAGCAUUCCCAGAGCCCAAGGAAGGCAGGCGGGGACGAGAGGGGAGAGGCGGCGCGCGCGGGUCCGGGCUGUCGGCGGCCGAGGGGUGCCGGGGCGGCGCGCCGGCCGCGGGGACCUGCGGUUGGUCAGCCGAGGUGCGGGGGUGGGGGUCCCCUGGCGUCAGCGGCGAGUCCGCGCGCGCCCCGACACCGCCCGCCAGCGCAGCCGGCGCAGCCCGCGCAGCGCCUCGCCUGCCUCGCCUGCCUCGCCUCGCCUCGCCUCGCCUCGCCUCCCUUCGCCUCCCCUCGCCUCCCCGCGCCUCGCCUCGCCUCCCCUCGCGGGGCUCCCCGGCCCGAGAGCGCAGCGGUGCGCGCGGCCCCGCGCCAUGGCCGGAGCCAACGCGACCUCGGCGGCGGCGGGCGGCAACGCGUCGGGCCCCGCGCACCCGUUCGUGCAGCCGUCGUGGCGCAUCGCGCUCUGGUCGCUGGCCUUCGGCGCCGUGGUGGCGGCCGCCGUGCUGGGCAACCUGGUGGUGGUGUGGAUCGUGCUGGCGCACAAGCGCAUGCGGACCGUCACCAACGGCUUCCUGGUCAACCUGGCGCUGGCCGACGCCGCCACGGCCGCCUUCAACGCGCUGGCCAACUUCGUCUACGGGCUGCACGGCGAGUGGUACUUCGGCGCCGGCUACUGCCGCUUCCAGAACUUCUUCCCCAUCACCGCCAUGUUCGCCAGCAUCUACUCCAUGACGGCCAUCGCCGUGGACAGGUACAUGGCCAUCAUAGAGCCCCUAAAGCCUCGGCUGUCAGCCACAGCCGCCAAGGUGGUCAUUGGGAGCAUCUGGGUGCUGGCCCUCCUGCUCGCCCUCCCCCAGUAUCUCUACUCCACGACCAAGGUCAUGCCCAGCCGAACGCUGUGUUAUGUGCAGUGGCCAAAAGGCCAGACACAGCAUUUCACCUACCAUGUCACGGUCAUCGUCCUGGUUUACUUCCUGCCCCUGCUCGUCAUGGGUAUCACCUACACCAUCAUAGGGCUCACCCUGUGGGGCGGAGAGAUCCCAGGAGAUACCUGUGACAAGUACCACGAGCAGCUCAAGGCCAAAAGAAAGGUGGUAAAGAUGAUGGUGGUGGUGGUGGUGACCUUCGCCGUGUGCUGGCUCCCCUACCACGUCUACUUCAUCCUCACGGCUGUCUACCAGCAGCUCAACAGAUGGAAGUACAUCCAGCAGGUCUACCUGGGCAGCUUCUGGCUGGCCAUGAGCUCCACCAUGUACAACCCCAUCAUCUACUGCUGCCUCAACAAGAGGUUCCGAGCUGGCUUCAAGCAGGCUUUCCGAUGGUGCCCCUUCAUCCAUAUGUCCAACUAUGACGAGCUAGAGCUGAGGGCCACCCGGCUGCAUCCUGCCCAGCCCAGCAGCCUGUACACGGUGACCAGGAUGGAGUCCAUGCUGGGGCACAGGGACAAGGGCCAGCCCAGCGGUUCUUCCCAGGUUGCCUCUACCCGCUCCCUGAGCUCCCGGCACACCUUCCUGGAGGAAUGUGCCUGAGCCCCCAUGACACCCAGAGGUGCCCCUGGAAGCUCUGUGUUCCUGAGACUGACACCUUUGUGAUAUGAGUGCCCAGAGGGCCAGAUGUGAUGCUUCUGGAGCAGAGACAGGGAGUCGCAGGUGGAACUUUGCAGCCCUGUGGGCAGUGAGGAGCUAAA